AGCUUUCGAAAUUGAUUUUUCAUAUCUGUGCUGCCUUCAUAAAUUAUAAAAAAAACCUUCCGAUCUGUUCCAUUCAAUGAGAAAGUCUCAUGGUUUGACCACAGAAAACCUGUAUAUAUUCCCUAAAACAGCAGUGUUUAUGUCUCCUCCAGAGACAUUUUCAAAUUCAGGAGGGCAAAAAUAAAAUUGUGAAAACAAUGAGAAUUCUGUACACCCUGGGCAGAUUAACAAGUACCCAAGGAGACGAAUGUCCGACGGGAGAAUUUCUAGAGAUCCAAUAAGACGACACUGCAAAUGGAAUCAGGGUACACCCCGACUACAACCCCGCAUAUUUUCUGCAUAACUUGGCAUUAGUAAAGAUGGUCAAGGAAGUUGCAUUCACAGACUACAUUGCACCAAUAAAUCUUGCACCUCCAAAUCCGGUGCAAACACACCCCGAAGGAUUUCCUGCGAUUUUUCUCGGUUGGGGCAGUACUGAAAAAGAUGUUCGAAUUGAAGAUCUGCUGUUCGUGGAGACUGACUUGAGAUCUACCGAUAUUUGCGAGUAUUACUACUCUUGUUCUAAUCCUCGCGGUCCAAAGGACUUCCAAAAUUUGUAUCAACUUUGUUACGGAGGACAAGGGAACCAUGAAAGAUGCAAGAAUGACGCUGCUGGAGGUCCGGUGCUGGUAACGGAGUUGGGCUACUCAGCCGUCCAAAUAGCAAUCAAUUCUUACAACAGGAAUGCCUCUAUACAAGUUCUGGACCAGUGUGUCCUCGUACUUUUGAAGCAUCACGGAAUGAACGAGCAGAAUUUCAUGAUUCGAACCUAGCGUUUGAUGUCGCAUGCCUCAACGAUGUCUCUGGAACCAAGGAUUCGAAUUUUGCGGAGAAGUUUCAGCAACCAAAGCUCAAAAUGAAGUGAAGUCUCUUCAGCGGAUUUCGUCUUGAAGGACAGGAAGAGGAGUCUGGUUUCAGUACUGGUUUUUUCUCAUGGUGCAAUGAGUAUGGCGGAUUUCUUGGACGCAUCUGGCGACCUCUAUGGGUCACGGACAUGAGCCACAAAAGCCAAAUGCAAAAAUAACCAAUAGGAGUUAAAUGCAUUAGAAGUAUAAUAUGAUUCUUAUUAAUGCUGAAUGUAGAGUACAGUACCUUGAAAGCAAUAUAUUCCUUAUUCUCUUUGCUGGAAACUGUGCCCUUCAGCUCAUUAUACUUUACCAGCUUUUUGACUCAAACCUUCAAAGAUUUACCCAGUACACGCAUGUCAGAAAAUAGCAAACCUGUUGGUUUCUCUCAUUUCAGAGUACUUUAAAAAUCUGAAAUCAGUCUGACCUAUAUUGUGCAGCGCUAACUCUGCCAAUUUUAGACAGAAAUUGCCGUGGCAGACACAUUUGAAGCUCACCUUGCAUCUUUCAUGGUUCCCAUGUCCUCCGU